GUGGGAAUUUCGCAAAAGUAACUAAUGAGACCUGAUUUUAUUAUUGCAGAUUCAACAUUUAGACGCAAAUAACGUAAAUGAGAGAAAAGGUUGAAAGUGGAAAACCUGACGAUGAUGAUAUUCACAUAAAGGGGAAUGACAAACAUCACAACACAGGAAUUCACUUUAUGAUUGCAUAGAUGAAAGAAGACCUUUUCGAGAAUAAUAAUCAACUGCAACAUGUGGCAUUAUUCAGGUGUAUAAAUAGAAAUGGUUUGUUAGAGAUACAACAAGGACUAACAAUCUCGCGAAAUAUGCAAGUAUUUAAAUUCUCGUCACAUUAAUGUAUUUCUUCUAAGUAUCAAAAUAUACGGUUAUUACAGCUAUUACGACAUCAUAAAGUAUUGUGUCUCUUUAAAGAGCUAAAAACGGUUGGAUCAUUGAGAUAUUGGAACAUUAUAGUGAUUUUAGUGCCAGUAACUAUGGCUCAAGUGAAGUGAAUAUGAUAAUUGGUAUAUAAAGAGAACAAGACUUCUCAUAUAUAUUUAGACGGAUUUGAAGUUGGAGCGAAUUGCGUAAAUAGUUCCGACCGAUUUACUCCCGCAAUCAACGAAUGUAUAUCGAUACGCUACAACAGUGGCGCCGACACAAGUGGUAUUUAUCAAUAUGAUCAACGCAAAAAAUUAAUAGCUUGAUUCGGUUACUACUUAUAUACGGGAGAAAUACAGUGCUUUAAUUCAAGAAAAGAAAGUGUACGUUUCUGAUUAAGGAGUCCCAUCAGUGCGAACUUCAUCGAUACUGACACUGACUCUAAGGAUUCGAAUAAAAAUUGCAAGUCUCUUGUGGAUUCCCGAGUUCUUUGAGUGAUUGACAUGGAAACAUUGGAAAAACUACGCUAGUAGAAUAAACAACGAAUUGUGCACUCUCAGUCCUAUUUAGAUGGACUAAAUCUGGCAAGCACCAUUCAUUAUAUUAAUUCACUGACUAAUCAUUUCUUUCUUAAAAAGGGACAGCACGGUAACGUAUUUUAUGAUAAAACAUCAUUGUCGUAAAGUUCUGGAGAAAAUUAUCAAGAAGCACAAGAUUAAAACUGCAACACAAGCUACAAAAAAUCAGCGGGGUAAGAGGAAAUGGAUGCAUAUGAGUUGGACAGAAAUGCGACAAACUAUACCGGAAUCAUGUCAAUUGUGAACAUAAGCAUGACUGAAAGCCCUAUUAAUAUGACAGGUGAUGAAUCUAGAACUUCUAAUUAUGACCCCUGUAACGAGUUUGAUUUGAUUAUCUAUACUAUAUUAAUCGGGAUUAUCUCAGUGAUCGGACUAACAGGGAAUACCCUAUCAAUAAUCGUUCUGGAGAAGGAGAGGAAUAAAUCGACGACGUCUUUGCUGCUCCAAUCGUUGGCGGUGUCGGACAAUUCAUUACUUAUUCUCUCCUUAUUAGCGUUUACCAUUCCACAGGCCUAUCUUUACACCGGAAAUGUGGAAACUUGGAAAAGGAUCAUGUACAUUUUGGAGAGAUAUAUCGCUCCCCUACUUCAGAUGCCACAUGUUGCGUCAGUGGGUUUAACCGUAGUGGUAACUAUAAAUCGUUACAUCGCCCUUUGUAGGCCGCUUACGUCAAUGAGAUGGGAGACGCACUUCAGAGUCCGCCUCCAGAUAACGGCUGUUGUACUGUUCUCCAUUCUGUAUAAUGUCCCGCGAUUCUUUGAUUUUUAUGUCAUUGGCUAUGAGAGCAAUAACAAAACGAUGCCAUUAAUACUGGGGUACGACAAUGCGUAUAACAUCGCAUACAGGACGAUAUCCUAUAUCUUAAUAAUGUACACAGUGCCUUUGUUAACCCUGGCUAUUCUUAAUACGAAACUAAUCAUCGAACUUAAGAAAGCUGCGAAAGAACGAGUUAGAAUCUCCACAUGUUCCCGAAGCAUGCGACGCAAUGAACAGGUGGCGGGGCAUCAACAUGACGUCACACUCAUCCUAAUCGUUGUCGUUAUAGUCUUUAUCGUUUGCCAGACACCUUGCUUUGUCAACCAGUUCCUGUGGGUUUUCAGGGACCCGCCUAGAUGCGGCGAGGUCCACUAUUACUAUACCCGCACUAGUGACAUGCUCGCCAUACUCAACUCGUCUGUCAACUUUUUCGUAUAUUGUCUUUUUGGCAAGAAAUUUCGUCAGACUUUGGCAAACACAUUUGAAUGUCGGAGAAAGUCACGAAGACUUGUACUUUCAUUUAAAAGCAUGAACGGAUCGGGCAAAUAUCACACAAAUGGAUUCUCUUCACCAAAUACGACAACAACAAAUACUGAAAAUGUUAUGUAUAUUUCUCCCGAUAGUCAAUUGCCAAAAAAGGUAGGUUAUGCCUAAAUUGACCCAGAAAUGCCCCUCAUAAUUAGCAACUGACACAUCUUACAAUUCAUUGAUGUUUGCAAUGUUGGAUUAUAUGUAAUUAAAUGGUAACAUUUUUCCUAAAACAUAUUUCAAGGCCAAAUGCCUAAAUUGACCCAAAAUGCCCCUCAUAAGCAACUGACACACUUUACAGUUCAUUGAUGUUUGCAAUGUUUAUGCAGAUUUAUCUAAGUUCUAUACCGCUUCCAAGAUCUAAAGAACUAGCUGCUGUGAGAAAUAAACAGUUCAAUGAGAGAGUGACAUGCACUUUUUGAAUACGUAUAAUAUCCACGAUUGAAUUAACUCCAUUAAAAACAUUAUAGAUCAUUAAGAUGAAUGGAUAUCAACUGCCCAGUUGGCGCAAUAAUCCGAGUGCUUUAUAAUUAGUAUCCGUAGCCAUCAACAUUAGGAGAUACAAUAGAACCAUAUGCAUAUCAUACUUGGAUUAUAUGUUUCAAACAGCGGUCACCAGGCAACAAAUCUCUUUCAUUCAGAGCCAGUGGUCAGAAUCAAAUACCUUUUCGACCGUUAUAGUAUCUUUCAAAAUGGCGGAUAAGUCCUUUCCGAAGGCAAUGAAAAACUACUUCAAUUCGAUGAAAAGUAAAAAAUGGUAGCCGUCACCCUAUAUCGUUCGCCUAUUUGAAGGAUACAAUUGACACUAUUAAUGUAUCCCCUAUACUGGACAGGACACUGCCCGGUGAUGUGUAUUGAAAAAAGCAACUGGAUACUGUGACGAAACUUAUGAAAUUAUAGAGAAUGUUGUAUCUCAGUUAUUAAGAGUCAAAUGGUAGCUAUAUAUCUAUAAUGUAUGAAUAUGUAUAAAGA